AUGCACGAGAGGAAACACCAAAGCGAUAUACGGGAUGAUCUUUCCGACGCUGCCUCGUCCCAUGCGGACGUGCGAACAUUGAACGACGAACCGCUGCCUUCAUAUAACGAAGUCCCCAGCUCUUCAAUCGAGCAAAGACCAUCAGAGAAUACUGUUCUUCCAAUGCACAACACCCCAGCAUCAGACCAAGACAGCAGUCGAGAACAAGGCCCGACAGUCGCAGAUCCAUUUACAUUUCCGUCCCGUGGACUACCAUCCUAUACCGUUACAGAGAUCAUUCAGCGGCCUCUUGCAAUCCCACAAACCACGCCGUCUGCAGCAGCACCAUUUCUCUUAGCCUACCCGACCGCGCUCUUAAGUUUUGGCAUCACAAUGGAGAGUUGGAAAUCGUUCGUGCGGACUCUUUCCGCCUUUCUCUCCGCCAAAGUCUCGCAGCAAGCAAUUCAUCAUGCCGCUGACAUUGCUUCUCACAUCGGCGACUUUCACAAACAGUAUGUCUCUCGAGCCAAGGAAGGUUUCAAAAACAUUGGAAAGAGUGUCAAACGGUUCAGUCCAGUCGGAGUAGUCAGCGGUGCCAUCGGGAUCACCGUGGGAGCUGCUGGGCACGUUGUCGGCACCGUUUUCCAGGCCGCCGGCAGUCUCGCGAAGAAGCCACAAACGCCAAGGGAGCGAGCAUCUGUCUAUGUGACGACUGCGAAUGGAGACUGGUUCCAUUCAAGAGGUCUGCAUGCGGUCUUGAUGGAUACGGUGGAGCUGUCGAGACUUUGCGAGGUAAAUGUCCAGAACAUGCUGUCUGCUGUAUCCAGCUGCGGAUCUAAAGACCCAGGUUCACAACUCGCCUCGCUGCGGGAGAUCAUAGGAGAAGUUAAGGUGGAGCAAGAUGUUCAGUCUGAUGCCAUACCAAAGCAAAGCUCCGCGAACUCUAGUAAAGCGGCCGAGAAGCGGUCCGCAGUAACACAGCUACAGCUGGACAGCACCACCUUAUGGCUGGUGCUAGUUCCGAAGCAAGAUGAUGCGGUUCCAUCUGUAAAGGCACCGAUUCAAGUAAACCAACAUUGA